GCGAAGAACCCGAAAAUGAAUUCUCCGAUUCGUAAACUUCCCGGUGCGAAGAAGCAGUUUGCGCACGUCCAAUCCAAAGUUGACUGCAAGAGGCCAGCAAUUCCAUCGGCUGAGGCCGCCAAACCGGUCCGGGUGGAGAGUCCCAAAUUGAAGACGAAAUCGCCCGUUGUCACCGGUGCAUCGUCGUUCAAAUCACCUCCAGUUCAGGAAUUGGCUAAACCCUUUCACGCCAAACCUGUUCCACCUAGCCACUACGGCCAGCCGUUUCGACCUGUGCUGAGACGAAAGAGCCCUCUGCCCAACAACGAGGCUCCGAAAGUAAUGGAAGUUCCUACUGCAAAGGCUGUUGAAGCCGCUCCAUCACAAGACGCAGUUGAGGAAGUUGCAGAGGUCGACGUAGCUGUUGAAGUUCCUGUUGAAGCUGCUGAAAACGCAGCUGAUGUCGUUGCAGACCAAGUUGAGGAAGUUCCGGCUGUCGAUGAAGUUGUUGAAGUCGCUCCGGCCGCAGAAGCAGAGGCCGUUGAGGAAGUUCCAGAGGUCGACGUAGCUGUUGAAGUUCCUGUUGAAGCUGCUGAAAACGCAGCUGAUGUCGUUGCAGACCAAGUUGAGGAAGUUCCGGCUGUCGAUGAAGUUGUUGAAGUCGCUCCGGCCGCAGAAGCAGAGGCCGUUGAGGAAGAUGCUGCUCAGGUCAUUGAAGAACUUCCUGUUGCUGAAGAGGCUGUUGAAGCCGCCGAUGAGGAUGAAGCUGCGCCUCCCGUUGUAGCAUUGGCUGCUGAGGCCCUUCUUCCUUCUGAAGUUGUUUCUGGACCUGAGAAGAAGAAGACUUCUUCUGCUCCGGGUGUUCCAUCUGGCCCAGAGGCUUCACCUGUUCAAGUUGAACCACACGUGGUCGAUGAAGCUUGCUUCGCCCAACUGACCAGGAAGCAGAAACGUAACAUUCGUACCAACCAAAGACGUUCGGCUUCUCGGCGAGCUAAGCGCGAGGCCUUGCGUCCCGAUGCUCACAUUUACAUACCGCCACGCCUUCUUGAAGCCCCUGAAGUCGACGUAGCUGUUGAAGUUCCUCUUGAAGCUGCUGAAAACGCAGCUGAUGUCGUUGCAGACCAAGUUGAGGAAAUUCCGGCUGUCGAUGAAGUUGUUGAAGUCGCUCCGGCCGCAGAAGCAGAGGCCGUUGAGGAAGAUGCUGCUCAGGUCAUUGAAGAACUUCCUGUUGCUGAAGAGGCUGUUGAAGCCGCCGAUGAGGAUGAAGCUGCGCCUCCCGUUGUAGCAUUGGCUGCUGAGGCCCUUCUUCCUUCUGAAGUUGUUUCUGGACCUGAGAAGAAGAAGACUUCUUCUGCUCCGGGUGUUCCAUCUGGCCCAGAGGCUUCACCUGUUCAAGUUGAACCACACGUGGUCGAUGAAGCUUGCUUCGCCCAACUGACCAGGAAGCAGAAACGUAACAUUCGUACCAAACAAAGACGUUCGGCUUCUCGGCGAGCUAAGCGCGAGGCCUUGCGUCCCGAUGCUCCCAUUUACAUACCGCCGCGCCUUCUUGGAGCCCCUGAAGUUCCAGCCGACUACGCCACUGCCGUCGAAGCUCAUUACAUGGACGCUGGGUACGAUGCGGGAACAGCCUACUACCCCUACACCGACCCGACGGAGUACUACGCUGCGGCUGCUGGCACUGAACACUAUGCCCAGGACUCUGGCUACUACACCCAAAGCGCUCCAGUCUACGACGGCCAGCAGCAGUAUGUUGCUGGAAGCUAUGUCUACGUCACGGACGUCCCUGUCUAUAGCAACGAGUACGCGACGGCCGUUCCUGUCAAUUACUACGCCAACUUGGCAGCAGGAACAGCCACGUUCAGUCCGUUCAGUGCGGCUAACAUUCAUCAAGAGUCGAUUUUGACUCUAUUCUAUACUAUUUACCCCGAUCCAUGGUCAUAUGAGCAGGAAGAAGAGGACCAUUAUGGUCCGGGUUACGAAGUGGGAUCGUACACAAAAGAUUAUAAUGAUGGACCUUACGAUGGUGAGAGUGACUUGAACGUGAAUUCCAACCCAGAAGGAAAGCCAAGAAUCCUGCUAAUGGGUCUCAGGCGUUCAGGAAAAUCUUCCAUACAGAAGGUGGUGUUCCAUAAGAUGUCACCAAACGAAACAUUGUUCUUAGAGAGCACAAACAAGAUAGUCAAAGAUGAAAUCUCCAAUUCAUCAUUUGUGCAGUUUCAAAUUUGGGACUUUCCUGGACAAGUAGAUUUUUUUGAUUCCAAUUUCGAUUGUGAAAUGAUAUUUGGGGGAUGUGGUGCUCUUGUAUUUGUAAUAGAUGCACAGGAUGAUUAUAUUGAUGCUUUAAUGAAGCUAAAUCUUACCGUGACACGCGCAUACAAAGUCAACCCCAAUAUUCGUUUUGAAGUGUUUAUACACAAAGUUGAUGGUCUUUCAGAUGAUCACAAGAUUGAAGCACAACGCGAUAUUCACCAAAGAGCUAACGAUGAACUGAUGGAGGAAGGGUUUGACUCCGUUAAUUUGAGUUUCUAUUUGACUUCCAUUUACGAUCAUAGCAUAUUCGAAGCAUUUAGUAAAGUGGUUCAAAAACUUAUCCCACAACUACCUACCUUGGAGAACUUGCUCAACAUAUUUGUUUCGAAUUCGGGGAUUGAGAAAGCAUUUCUCUUCGACGUUGUUUCUAAGAUUUAUAUUGCUACAGACUCUUCACCAGUCGACAUGCAAAGCUACGAGUUGUGUUGCGACAUGAUAGAUGUUGUAGUUGACAUCUCAUGCAUUUAUGGGACAAAAGAUGCUGAUGGUGCUGCAUUUGAUCAUCAGAGUCUAAGUCUUAUUAAACUUAACAAUUCAACAAUCCUUUACUUACGGGAAGUAAACCGAUUUUUGGCUUUAGUUUGCAUCUUAAGAGAAGAUCAUUUUGCCCGCCAAGGAUUAAUCGACUAUAACUUCGUCUGUUUCCGAAACGCCAUUCAAGAAGUAUUUGAAGUGCGUAUGCAAGUACAACAAGCAAGCAACAACACUAACCCGAGCGGAGAUGAAUUGAUUCAGCCGCUGAACAGUGUUGCGUUGAAGGAAUGAACUCUUAUCAUCUCAUUCAAUUACACUCAUCUUUUGUAUCAAUUAAAUUCGUGCUGUUUUCCAUUAAAAAUGUUUUGCUUUACGAAAUAAUUAAAUAAAUAGUGCCUUGUUGUCAAUGUA